AUGGAUAAGGAUCUUAGAAAAAAUCUCAUCAAAUCACUCAAAGAAAAAACACUUGAAGAAACACAGCUUAUUGAAAGUGUUCCAGUUGAAUGGAAGACUUAUUUCGAUACUCGUAAGACCUACAGAGAAAAACUAUUCAGAAACAAGUACGAUGAUUCUUUGAGAAAUAUCUUAGGAGAAUUUAAUAAUCUGGUGAAUGGUCUAUCUGAUAGUGAAUUGCGGCAAUUUAUCUUGUUUACCUCAAAGCAAGAUAUUGUUGUUUUCUGUGAAUUCACGAUCGAAGAAAUCAGAACCCUACCCGAAAAUAAACUGACUAUAAAUAUAAAAAAUAAAUAUGAUAAUUUAUUGAAAAAGGCAUCUCUUGCUUUAUCUGAAAAUGUGAAUAAAUAUAUUAAUAGAGACCGAUUUCGGUAUAAGGAAAGGCUGUACCAUGGGUUACAUUGCGAUGUUGAUAAUUUUAAAGAAAUAAAUAAUACUUAUAAUACUUUGAUUAGUAAUUUAGAUGAAGAUACUAAGAAAAUAUUUGUCAAUGC